AUGGCGGACGUAAGAUCGCUCCUCCGGAAUGAACUAGCUUCGCGCAAGGGCGCGUCGCAACCAAAUACCACCGGCAACCGCGUCAGCAAAAAGCGCAAGGUCGACAAUGGUGACGGGGUGAUGAGGAAGAAACUGCGAUCAACAGACCUCGAGGCUGUUCAAGCCGCGGCCAAUGCCCAAGUUUCCCAAUCACCUGACGGGGAAGACGCAGCUGAGGAUGAGAUCUUGGAAGCCGUCGACGAAGACGAGGUCGCCGGCCCAGAGCUUCCUGUCGAAGAAGCCCAGGAUAUCACUGCAGUAACACAAGCACUAGAGUCUGCAUCUAUACCUGCGGCGCGCCAGGCAACAUCACAGACCGUGGACGAGGACGAAUGGGCAGCAUUCGAACGCGAAGUCGCCGCUCCGACCAGAACGCCACAUGCACCGGCUGCACUCUCAGCAGAAGCCACGAUAUCCGCCGCUCCAGUAACAGCCGAAGAACUCGCCGCACAACAAGAAACAGACAGGACCUCAGCAGCAAAAUCUCGCGAGGCCGAGUUGGAGGGUGAACGAGAAGACGCUGCACGAUUUAUGGAGGAAGAGUUCGAUGAGAUGGACCAGCUUGAGGAGCGAGUCCGGAGAUUGAAGCAAAUGCGGGAGGAACUACGGCAGAAGCGUGCUGAAGACCAAGCCAGGGAUAUCCCAAUGGCGGAGGAACAACGGGCACCAGAGAGUGAAAGCGAGGACGAAGAGGAUGACGACUGGGACGAUUGGCGAUUUAAAUGA